AUGGGUGAUUUGAGUCCGCAGGCGCUGCCUACAGCUCAGUUCGUGGUGUACUUGGUCGUAGCGGUGGCAGCCAUUCUGUGCUACGUGGUACUGCAAUGCUCGUCGCCCGGACAACUCGACAAGAGGUCAAUGCUGGCACCGGUUCAAACUACAACACCCACAGAACUUGGUAGCUCUCCGCGGAUUACAACGGAAGACGGUGACGAUACAGAAUUGCUAGGCGAUGGAGAGGAGAACGAGCAUCCGAGGAACAGCGCUGAUCUGCACUUCUGUAACGAAUGUCACGUGUUCCAACCCCUGAGGACAAAACACUGUAAGGAUUGCGCUCGGUGUACGCGGCAGUACGAUCAUCAUUGCGAUUGCGUGGGGACUUGCGUGGGUGAGAACAACCGUCGGUUGUUCGUGCUGUACUUGGUGUUGCAGAUUCUGGAAGGUGCGGUGAUGAUCGACGUGACAUCGCAGGCAUUUACGGAACAAGACGAUGUCAACGACUGGUUCAAGACCAACGCGCUGUACAUUGUGCUGUGGUUCCUGCUCAUGUGCGUGCUACUUAUCGUCGUUCCGCUCUUUUGCUACCAGGCGUAUCUCAUCUCGACGAACCAGACCUCAUGGGAACAUGCUCGCCGCUCGUCAAUCACUUACUUACAGAACCUGCCGGACAAGCGCUCUCCAUUCGACCGCGGCGUACUGAAAAACUGGUGGGUUUUCCUCUCCAAUGGCGACAGCAACCAGUGGGUCCACAAGAGUGUUGCCAAACCGCUGACAUCUCACACAGACGACGGUUCCUCGCUCGUAUAA